UCGCUCCAGCUGUGAGGACUACCGCCUCUCGGUUUGCCCACCCGCCAUGGGGCUGUCGGAAGCACCGGGGUGGGAGCCUCCCCCAGGUCAGAGCUUCCCUUAGGUGAGAAUACUCUCCAGACGAGAACCUUCCUGGCAGGUGAAAACUUUCCCUGCUAGUGAAAGCUUUCCCCCAGGUAAGCGCUCCCCCUCCAAGAGCUCCUAUUCCCAAGUGAGAACUAUUUUUGGGACAGCUUCCCCCAGGUAAGAACUGUCCCCCCUUCCCCUCCAGAUCUCCUAUUCCCAAGUGAGACCUUUUCCCUUAAUCAGGUGGUAGCCACUGGGCAGAUCAGAGUUUCUCCCCAGGACAGAACUUACCUAGCUGGUGAAAACUUUCCUGUCAGGUGAGAGCUUCUCCUUAGGCGAGAUCCUCCUGGAGAUCUAUUCCCAGGUGAGAUUGUCCCCCCUUGAAAUGGGGGCUUCUCUUUCCAGGGGGAAAACUCUCCCUCCCGGUGAGAGCCAUCCCCUGGCUUUCCCAGAUUAGGCCUGAGCUUGUCCAGGUCUACAACCUGGACCCUGUGGCUGGAGGCCCGGGGGCAAUCUUAGCCCCAACACUUUCCUUCUCAUAGAGCCUUCUCAUGUGAAGAGAGACUUGCCUGCUUUGCUGGAUUCCUUCUUUGCGUGUGCUCUCAGACAGCAUGCGCUGGGCUCGUGGGGCAGCUGGAUAAGGACUCAGACUGGACUGGGAUUGGCUGGAGAAGAGUUGGGGCUGGGGGGAGGGGGCUGGGAGGGACAGUCAUCCUGGAACCUAGAUUGGUGAACACUCAGGGCUGGACUGAAGUGUGGCUUGUGUUCAUCCUGCUGCCUCUUUGUGGGAGACUUUGGCCCAGCAAGAGUCUUCCACCAGCCAAAGUUCAGGUACUGCCUGGGCCUGGGCAUAGGGCCUGCAGGAGCCAGCUGGGGGGUUGGACCUACCUAGAUCUUGGGACCUAGAAAAGUCAGGUGGGUGACUCUGUGGUCCCAGGUGGAGGUCUAGGGGAGGUUGGGCCAGGAGUGCCCUCACUGUGUCUCUGGCCUCACCACCCAGACAGAGGGACACACAGGCACUGCUGUCCACAACGCAGGCAAUGGAGCUGAGGAGGCGAGAUUACCAUGUGGAGCGGCCACUGCUGAACCAAGAACAGCUGGAGGAGCUGGGGAACCGGAGCUCAGCAACUGGGACCCUCCAAUGGCGAACCUGGUUUCGGUGCUCCCAUGCUCGGGCCCGAGCCCUUCUGCUCCAGUACUUCCCAGUUUUGGCCUGGCUACCCCAGUAUCCUGUGCGUGACUGGCUUCUGGGUGACUUGUUGUCUGGCCUGAGUGUGGCCAUUAUGCAGCUACCACAGGGCCUGGCCUAUGCCCUCCUGGCUGGACUGCCCCCCGUGUUUGGCCUCUACAGCUCCUUCUAUCCUGUCUUUAUCUAUUUCCUGUUCGGCACUUCCCGGCACAUCUCCGUGGGCACCUUUGCUGUCAUGUCCGUGAUGGUGGGCAGUGUGACAGAAUCACUGGCUCCAGAUGAAGCCUUCCUGCAGGCCUCGAACUCCACUGUUGAUGUGGCGGCCAGAGAUGCUGCUCGGGUGCAGGUGGCCUCCACACUCAGUGUCCUUGUUGGCCUCUUCCAGGUGGGGCUGGGCCUGGUCCAUUUCGGCUUCGUGGUCACCUAUCUGUCAGAGCCUCUGGUCCGAGCCUAUACCACAGCCGCGUCUGUGCAGGUCUUCGUCUCGCAGCUCAAGUAUGUGUUUGGCCUCCAUCUGAGCAGCCGCUCUGGGCCACUGUCCCUCAUCUAUACAGUACUGGAGGUCUGCUGGAAGCUGCCCCAGACUGUGGUCGGCACCAUGGUCACCGCAGUUGUGGCAGGGGUGGUUCUCGUGCUGGUGAAGCUGUUCAAUGACAAGCUGCGGCGACAACUGCCCAUGCCGCUCCCCGGGGAGCUGCUCACGCUCAUCGGGGCCACAGGCAUCUCCUACGGCGUGGGACUGCAGCACAGAUUUGGGGUGGAUGUCGUGGGCAAAAUCCCUGCAGGGCUGGUGCCCCCAGUGGCCCCCAGCCCCCAGCUGUUCGCAAGGCUUGUGGGAAAUGCCUUCGCCAUCGCUGUGGUUGGUUUCGCCAUUGCCAUCUCGCUGGGGAAGAUCUUCGCCCUGAGGCAUGGCUACCGGGUGGACAGCAACCAGGAGCUGGUGGCACUUGGCCUCAGUAACCUCAUCGGCGGCAUCUUUCAGUGCUUCCCUGUGAGCUGCUCUAUGUCUCGGAGCCUGGUACAGGAGAGCACCGGGGGCAACACACAGGUGGCUGGAGCCAUCUCCUCCCUCUUCAUCCUCAUUAUCAUCGUCAAACUUGGAGAACUCUUCCAAGACCUGCCCAAGGCAGUCCUGGCUGCUGUCAUCAUUGUGAACCUGAAGGGCAUGUUGAUGCAGUUCACCGACAUAUGCUCCCUCUGGAAGGCAAAUCGAGUGGAUCUGCUUAUCUGGCUGGUGACCUUUGUGGCCACCAUCCUGCUGAACCUGGACCUUGGCCUGGCAGUUGCGGUAGUCUUCUCCCUGCUGCUUGUGGUGGUCCGCACACAGCUGCCCCACUACGCUGUCCUGGGGCAGGUGCCAGACACAGAUAUUUACAGAGAUGUGGCAGAGUACUCAGAAGCCAGGGAGGUCCCGGGUGUGAAGGUCUUCCGCUCCUCGGCCACCAUGUACUUUGCCAACGCUGAGCUCUACAGUGACAUGCUGAAGCAGAGGUGCGGUGUGAACGUGGACCACCUCAUCUCCCAGAAGAAGAAACUGCUCAGGAAGCAGGAGCUAAAGCUGAAGCGACUUCAGAAAGAGAAUAAGCUCCCGAAACAGGCUGCCGCCUCCAAGGGCACUUCCAUUUCCAUCAAUGUCAACACCAGUGUCACAGACAUUGAGAGCAACGAUGUGGAGGGCUCCAAGGCCAAGCAGGUGAGCGCAGGGACUGAGCUAGAGGAUACAGCAGCCAGGGGUCAAGAAGAUGCCAAGGCCCCAGACAUGUCCUCACUGAAGACCCUGGGCCUGCCUCAGCCAGAUUUCCACAGCCUCAUCCUGGACCUGAGCUCCCUUUCCUUCGUGGACACUGUGUGUCUCAAGAGCCUGAAGAAUCUCCCGUGGUCACGCAGCUUGAGGCGGGGCACUUCUUCGAUGCAUCUAUCACCAAGCAGCAUCUCUUUGCCUCUGUCCACGAUGCUGUCAUCUUUGCACUCCAACACCCAAGGUCCAGCCCCGUCAACCCUGUUUUGGUUACCAAACUCUGACCGUGCUGCCACCCUGCCUGAGACUGCCCACCUCUGGAGGUUGCGACCGGUUACCCGUGAGGACCCCCUACCCCUGGGCUGCCUCCAGAUGUCACCCAGGAGUCCCCUCCAUACGCACGCACAUAACUCAGGGAUGGAGGUUCUGGGACUCCAAGUUCAGUGCUCUAGGCCUGGGAUAAGGCACUGGCCAAGUUGGAGGAGCAUGCAUGUUUUUAGCCUCAGGAAUAAAGAUUUGUUUGCCCAAUGCCAGGCUCUGCUGUGGCUUGGUGGGGCCUUGGCAGGGGCAAGGGUAUAGUCCAUAGCCCUGGCUCCUGACCCUUCUUGUGCCCCAAAAUGGGAAUUGGGGUUGGAAGCUGGGGGGAAAGUUCGGGGAGGGCAGGGUCAGGCAGGGGGAGUGUGGAGCAGGAGGGAGAGCUUCGGGGCUAGGCCCAGGGAGGGGGGCGUCCCAGGUCCAAGUUCCUCCCCAGCCAGGCACAGCCCUCGGCACCUGUGUCCUCAGCUGUAAUCAGAGCUGCUUCUCAGGAAUGACCUGUUCUCAGGGACCCCUGAUGAGGUGCAGGGCAGGCCUGGCGCUACUGGGCAGCCCCUGGAGGGUGUGGUGUGAACACCUGAGCAACCAGCUGAGGAAGCACAGGGUAUUCACAGGUGUUGCCGGUCUGCACUGAGAAGUAAGAAUAUGGGAAUUCCCUGGCAGUCUAGUGAUUAGGACUCAACACUUUCACUGUCAAGGGUGAGGGUUCGAUCGAUCCCUGGUUGGGGAACUAAGAUCCCACAAGCAGCAUGGUGCAACCAGAAGAAAAAAAAAAAGAAAAGAAAAGAAAGGAAAGAAUGUGCAUGAUUGAUUUACUUGGGAAAAAUGCUUAUUUGUAUAAUUAGAUCACCUGGGCUUUGCAGGUCACCGUCAGCCAAGAACCACGUGUUGAUUUCUACCAUAAAACACCAGCAUCUGGGCAUGUGGCCCAGUGGGCAGCAAUGGGCCUUCAGGCCAGCUAAUACUGAGUGACUGGAGGCCAGGGUUGGGGGGUCGAACCUUUCUAGGCCUCCGUAUCCUCAUCAGGAGAGCAGAAAUGGUAAUAGUGCCCACUUCAUGGGUUCCUCAAUGAGUAUUAAAUGAGUAAAUGCCACAAACAGCUUGCAACAGUGCUGGGCUCACGUCACCUGCCGAAACAAGUGAGCCUGCCAUUCGCAGGUCCCGACCAGGUCCUGGGCUCUGUGCUGGACCAGUGGACAGAGGCUGUCCUGCCCUGCAAGUCACAGAGGCACCCCUUGCCUGGCUGUUUCUAUCCUGGCCUGUGUCACUGCCCUGCUCUGUGUUCGCAAAUCAUCUGUCCUUUCCCCACCCCCAAAACCUUGCCCAGGAAGUCAGGGCCCUUUGUCACACUGCCUCCAGACACCAGGAACAGCGCCGGGCACAAGGAAGUGCUUGGUAAAUACUGGUUAAGUGACCCUAUGUACUGGAGUGGAAAGUAAACCUCAAACGUGAACUUGCAGAUACAGGCAGACCUUGUUUUAUUGCACUUCACCGAUACUGUGUUUUUUACAAAUUGAAAGUUUAUGGCAACCCUGAGUCAAUCAAGUCUUUUGGUGCCAUUUUUCCAACAUCAUUUGCUCACUGCAUGUCGCUGUCACAUUGUGGUAAUUCUCAAAGUAUUUCAAACUUUUUCAUUAUUAUUUGUUAGGAGGAUCUGUGAUCAGUGAUCUUUGAUGUUACUACUGUGACUCGCUGAAGGCUCAGAUGAUGGUU